AUGGCGCUGUGGGCGCUCGGCGCCCUGCUGCUCUCAGGGUACAUGUACAUGGACACAGAAGCUGCUCAUGAGCUGAGGGAGGAUUGGCAGGACGGAGGCUGGGACGACUCGCCCCUGGUCUCAGACCAGCUUCUUCAGGGACGACGCGUCGCUUUGACUCGGAGGAAGAGGAACAUCCUGUUUCCCAGCGGAGUCCAGCUGUGCACUCAGGAGACGCUGGACCAGGCCGUCGCCAACCAUCUCAAAUACUUUCACCUCAGAGUGUGUCAGGAGACGGUGUGGGAGGCCUUUAAGAUCUUCUGGGACCGGCUGCCGGAUCGGGACGACUACCAGGACCGGGUGAGUCGCUGCGUGGACGGCUCCGCCAGCGCCAUGGACAUCGGCAGCUUCUUCAGCCAAUCAGAGGAGCACAUCAGCCUCAUCAAGAGUAGGGUCGCCCUGGCAACUUCGUUAAACAGCUCUGAGACAACAUCCGUCCAGGCUGGAGACUCGCUGACGGACACAGCGGGGGAUGUUGUCGUCAUUGGGUCGAUUCCACCUUCAGUCAUCGCUGAGAUUCCCACAGAGUCUGAAGAAGAGGAUGUUGCUGAGGUCAUUGACUCUGCUACCCACAUGCCUUUGGUUGGACAAGAAGAAAAGCCUGUCCCAGAUACAAGCAAGGAGGAGACUGAAGAGAAUUUAACUCCUACUGAUCUGGAUGUACCCGACUCAGAGGUGAUUGAAGAAGUCACCCCUGUCGGUGAAGAGCCACCUUUGGAAGUUGUCGCUGAAGAGCUCCUCACAGAAGCUACUGUUAUGGUUCUUACAAAGCCCACAACAGUACCUGCUACAGAAGCUGUCACAGUGCAGGAUCUAGAGCAGCAGGAGACUCCAGAGCUUGGUGCUGAGGCUCCGUCAGAAGUAAUUUUGGAGGCAAUCCAAGAGACAACAGUCAUGUUUAGCCAAGAAGAAGAAGAAAUCCCAGACAAGUCUUUAGAAAUCCCCCUGAGGGUAACUUCAGCUGAUAAUGUUUUCGAGGAACCCACUGAAACAGAACAAGCUGAAGCAGUUCUUGAAGAACCUGAAGUGGACGUCCACAAAUCACCAGAAGUUGUAGAAGUUAGUCAAGAAACAAGGGAAGUCCGCACAGAGCCAAUCCCAGCUGUGACUCCAGAACAAGAACCUGACUCAAGCAUAGAAACAGAAGUUCCAUCUCAGUCCUAUAUUCUGGUGACAACGGUCAGGGUCAACGUAAAAGCCAGUGAAGAUACUGAAGAGGACCAAACACCAGAAGACCAACUGACGACUCAGUUUACUCCAAAUGCAACAGACAAGCCAGAGGAGGAGGUAGAAGUAGGAAUCAAACAUGAAGAACCCAUAGAUGUUAGCAAAGCUGCUGUUCAAUUGGAGGCUCCUGCAUUAGAAACAGCGAGUGAAAACCUACAUGAGGAAGCAGGGGGUGCUGUGGGGACUGUAGAAGCUCAACUAGAGUUUAUUAAAGAAGGAGAAGAAGAGCCAGUGAAACUAGCAGAUACAAAUGAAAAAGAUGAAGAACCAACUGAAGAAAGACCUGAGGCACCUGCGGAUCCUGUAGAUGAAAUAACACCUGAAGAAGAUACAGAGCCCACAGAGGAACCAGUAGGAGAACCAGAACGUGUCGAGGGUAUUGCCAAAGAGAAGAAACCUACAGUAGAAGAGGAGCAUGAAGUAGUACCUGAUAAUUUUAUUACAUCUGUGUCUGAUGAGACAACCGAGGAAGAACCAGGAGCAGGACAAACCAAGCCCCAAGUUACAGAGGAGAUGACGUCCCAGGUCCCUGCAGAGUCUCAUGAGGAGAGGACUUUGGUUGUUGUUGAUCCAGAGGACACAGAAGAAGCAUCUGAACUUCCAGGAGGCUCAGAGUUUGAAAUCAUUUCAGAAAUCACAGAGGAGGAUGCCACCCAGUUGACUUCAAGUGAGGUCCCAGAACCUGGAUACGCUCCUGCAGCUGAGGAAGAUAUUUCCUCAGAGGGUCCAAGGGAAAUAUCCCCAGAAGUUGUGACUCACAUUCAGCCAGGUAGGAUUUCAGAGGUGGAAUCUUCUGAGGAGGUCAUGCCAGAGUCUCAUGAAGACGUUGUCCCAGAAGCUGCACCUGAGGAAGACAGAGCACCAAGUGGGGACAGCAUCCAUGAUGCUCCAUCCGAGGUUCCACGAGAGAAGGUGGAAAGGAUCUCUGUUGAUGUUACAGCAGAAGAUACAGGCACUCUAGAUAAAGUGUAUUCGGAGUCCUCAGAGGAAAUCCCUCCAGAAGCUGUGGUCGGUAUACCUGCAGAGAGUACCCAGGGUACUGCCUCUGAGGAGGCCCCCCCUGGCACAUCUUUGGAAGUCACGACCAAGUACAUAGUGGAGUACAACAAUGGAAACUUCCCUGAUACAACAGAGAGGCCUCCUGACGUAGAUGACAGCUUACUGGAGGAGGAGGAGAACUCGAUCGGCAACGAGAUCGACGACACGCUGCUGCGGCCCCCCCGGCCCCUGAAGGACCAGGUGGUGGAGCUGAGCAUCAAGCUGAGAGGAGAAACCUACCACGACGCUCUGAGGGAUCCCAGCAGCUUCCACUACCAGCAGCUGGCCAAGCACUUCACCCGCAAGAUUGAAGACGCCUUUGAGAGGCUGCCGGGCUUCAAGGACGUGUACGUGGUGGAGUUCAGACCACAGAAGGACCUGGAGCGAGGUUUGGUCGUCCUGGUCCACUACGCCAUCACGCUGGAGGUGGACAGCGGCGGCGUUCCCAACGACACGCUGGACUUCAUCUCCUUGCAGAACAAUCUGGUGGAGAAGAAUUACCCUGGAGCCGCCGAGCAGCCCACCGUCGUCUACACCAUCACUGACUUCCGUAACUACAUCACUGAGGCGCUGCACAAAGACAACUUCAUGAGCAACAGCAGCCUGGAGACGCAGGGGGACCCUCUGCAGCUGGAGAACGCCGAGAACCUGCUGCUCUCUGUGAAACCCACGAGUCGACCAGACAACUCCUUCGACAACAUGGAUAAUGUCCUGGCAGCAGAGAAGCCUCCCGACGCUCCGAGUCAUGAGGAGGAAGGAAGAAAUGUUUUUCUGAAGAAGGACGACUUCCUGUUUGACCCCGUUGAUCCGUGGAAAGGUCCUCAGACUGGGGGGGUGAGCGAGAAUGACGUCUUCACGUUUGAGGAGAGCUCGGCUCCUCUGGCGCCCGAUGAAUUCCCCGAUAAGACGUCGGACCUGGAGUCCCUGGAUGAAGAGAAUCAUGUAUUUAUUGGAGAUGAGGGAUUUCUUCUCAAUAAUGCUCCUGGUGCUAGAGACGAUUCCUCCAGAGGGGACCAUGCUGUCAGUGCUGGAAGCUCCUCAGCCACUACCCCUCCACCGCUGAGUCCUCAGAAGGGCUCUGAGAACUCCAUGGACGAUGGGUCUGGUUCUGGUUCCUCUGGAGCCGGACAGGGAGCUGAUAUCUGGUCCUGGCAGCUCUCUGUGACCUCGGGUGGGACUGGCAGCCUGGAGAUGCUACCACCUCCUGAUCUGGAGGAGACUGAUGAGGAGGAUGAAGACCAGGAUGAGCAAGGGGUUGUUGUUGUUGAGUCUCUGAAAAAGGAGGAAGGUGAUUUGGUUGCAAUGGGAGUAGAACUCACAAAUGCUCCUCAUUUGUGGACAACAACAGCUCCUGCUUUUGAGGAGUCAGUGCAGGAUGGAGGCCUUGAGAAACCUUUCCUGGAUGAAGUCCUGGUAACGCCGCACAUCAGCACCGAUCCACGGUUCUCAACCACAACCCAAGCUCCUGUGUUCUCACCCAGAGGAACAUUGACUGUUGAACUUUCAGUACAAACGUUUGAAGCGUCUGGAGUCUACGAUGUGUAUUCCCUGACAGAACCACAUGUAACUAUCGUGCCAGGCAGAGAUUCUCCUGAACUUGAAUCUUGGACUCGUGAGGCGCCGUUUCAUUUUGGACCAACUGAUUCAUCAGUCAAUCUUCAAGAAACCACUGAAGUGGUGGAAGUAACUACAGCAGCAGAAGAUGCACCUGAGAGCAACCGGGUUGAAGGGAUUCUGGCGCCUGUGGUUCCUGAUACUGAAGCCCUUUGGACCGAAGAGUCUCCGACCUUCGAAGAAGUCCAUGCAGUCACAGAACCUAGCUUUGCUAUCAUCACUGAACUGUCAGAACUUGAGGUUCUCACAGAAAAACCCAAACUGCUGCUGCCAGAACCUGCAGAUCACCAUGAGGUUGAGAUUUUAGAAGAGCAGCACAUCGGCACCUCUGAUCCUACAUCGACAGCAGCAGCAGCGCCGGCGGCCGAGGCUCUGGACAGUGACCUGCUAGCGGAUGAAGUCAUGGUCGUCACCACAACCACCGCUGCUCCCGUCUCGACCACAUCCAUCAACUCAGACCACAGCAUCGCACUCUCGCCUGAGAAAGACUCUCCGUUUACUCGUGUGUCGGAUUCAGCGCCGGAAGACGAGGACCUGAUUCAACAUGAACACCUCAACCUUGAAGAUUCAGAUGAAGUUCCAAUAAGCUUUCCAUCUCCAGACGUUACUGGUUCACCACCAACAGUGGUGGCUGUAAAAGAAAAAGACAGUUCUCCAACUGUUGGUUCCAAACCGCUGCCAGGUGCUUCGGCACAGGGUCACGACAUUGACUCAACCUUGACAGAUGCUCUGAAAGAGGAAGUAGAUACUGACAUCCUCCAAACAUCUCCGUCCUCCCUUCAGAAAGUCAUCGCUCCUGCUGCUGAGAUCCAGACGUCUGAGCACGAUGUCCCUGAUGUGCCGAGCAUCGACGUCAGCUUCGACGUGUUCCAGUAUGACGGAAUCGCGACGGAAGGCGACAGCAGUGGUUUCUCCAGUGGCACUCAGGGGUCCGAUCUGGAUGCCAUCGCAUUACCAUCCCAACCUGCCAGGGAUCUAACCGUGUUCUUCAGCCUGAGGGUGACCAACAUGGCGUUCUCCAUGGACCUGUUUAACAAGAGCUCCCCUGAGUACAAGGCCCUGGAGCAACGCUUCAUGCAACUGCUGGUCCCGUACCUGCAGUCCAACCUGAACAACUUCCAGAACCUGGAGAUUCUCAACUUCAGGAAUGGCAGCAUCGUGGUGAACAGCAGGAUGAAGUUUGGUAAGCCGGUUCCCAGAGGCGUCACCAACGUCGUCUACCUGAUCCUGGAGGACUUCGCUAACACCGCCUACCAGACCAUGAACUUGGACAUCGACAAGUACUCGCUGGACGUGGAAUCAGGUGACCGAGCCGAUCCCUGUAAGUUCCAGGCCUGUAACGAGUUUUCCAGAUGUAUGGUGAACCGGUGGUCGGGCGAGGCCGAGUGCGUCUGUGACGCCGGGUAUCUGAGCGUGGACGGUCUGCCUUGUCAGAGCGUCUGUGACGUGCAACACGAUUUUUGCCUCAAUGACGGAAAAUGUGACAUCAUCCCUGGCAAGGGCGCCAUCUGCAGAUGUCGAGUUGGAGAGAACUGGUGGUACCGUGGUGAGCACUGUGAGGAGUACGUCUCCGAGCCGCUGGUGGUGGGCAUCGCCAUCGCCUCAGUGGCAGGCUUCCUCCUGGUGUCGGCCGGAAUCAUCUUCUUCCUGGCGCGGACGCUGCGAGAGCAGUACGACGCCGAGGACACGGAGGACCCAGUGAGACGUGGAGACAGUUUGCCGACGCUGGAACGGGCCACCAAGUUCAACCCGAUGCUGGAGAGCGAGCCCGUCACCGCCCAGUACUACCGGCGCUAUGACCACGACUUGCCUCAGUUCUACCCCGGCCGUGACCCGCCCCCCCCCGAGCUCAGCGGCUCGGCCAGCGCCGACGGCUCCAAAGAGCUGAACAGCGGCGAGAUACAGAACCUCUACCAGAACACCGCGCUCAGCAGAGAGGAGAUCCAGGAGCGCCUGAGGAUUAUCGAGUUGUGGUCCAAGGAUCAACACUUUGCAGACUUUGUGCAACAGACUCAAGUGUUCCUGGAGAGAAGAGGAAGCUCCACCACCUAGAGAGCAGAGUGAUGGAGAGAGCUCAGAAUCCUGCCUUUGUCUGUGACUCGAGGAGGGGGGAGGGGCUUGUGGUCUGUCACCUCGCUGCGUCUCAUUGGCCGGAGCAGAGGUGACGAGCUGCUGAAUCUUGGGACUCUUUCUAUUGAACCUGACGUGAACUCUGACCCCUACAGGGUCGUCUGUUCCUCUGACCUUUGACCUUUGUGUGUACAUGCUUAAACGCUUCAGUCAGUUUCUGUCUUACUCUUCAUCUUCCGCCUCAACUCACCGUUUCUGUUUGCGUCUCGACCCGCACGUCCUCGCUGUCGCAGAGAAGGAAGAGCUUCAGACCUCGUGAUUGGUCGUGACAGAAAGGCCGUGCCCUGGUCGGGACUCCUCCCCAUCAGUGCCUUUGCCGCUUCUCUGGGAUUUGAUGCUUUGAACCUCAGAUACCUGGACGUUAAAAACCGGUGUUUCCGUGACUCCACGACAACUCGACCAGUAAACCGCCUGUUUCCUCUCCUGUGUUCAGUCAGCUGCUUAACGAACCAAUGUUUACAUUUCUCUGCUGGAGUGUAACCGAUGUGUGGCAUGUGUAGCAUGUGUAGCAUAUGUAGCAUGUGUAGCAUGUGUAGCAUGUGUAGCCAGAAGGUAACACAAUGAAUGUUCGCAACAGGAAACGUCCCGAUGUUCGUGAGCUACGGAAGACGAGUCUUGCCACAAGAAACUGAAUCUUUUCUUGUGGCACGACUCCUCUUCGGUAUUUAUGUUUCCGAUGUUUCUGAUGCUUCUAGGAAACGUUGAACGUGAAUUUAUACGCUGAUGAUAUUCUCUUGUUUGUGCACAACGACCAUCUGGUUUGUAAAAGCUACGACCUUGUUCCCGCAGGUUACAAAGGAAACGAUCCGAGCGUUUAAAACAAUAAAAGAGUUCAAACCGAUCGAGAGGAAGAAGAUUUCAAACGUUCAAGAACAUUUUGUGUAGAAAAUCAGAUAUUUGUGUUGUUUCUUUAAAAUCUGUGUUUUUAUUAGACGUCUAAGACACGACAAACAGGGACUCCUCCGCAGGUCACGUGUGUGUGUGUGUGUGUGUGUGUUGUGUGCACGUGCGCGGCCUCUUUCCUUUGUGGUGUUUUCUAUUGUGUUUUAUAAACUGUUUGUCUGAUUAGAACAAAACUAAAACUGUGUAAAACUGACGCACUCACUUUUUUUAAAUAAAAAGACGAUAUUUUGUA